AAAUAUACAAUAAAAUUCUUUUUGUCCCAAUCUCGUUUAUCCACAUUAUCAGAUGUCCAGCAGACGAUAAGAUUAAGAUUAAAGCGAAGACUCAACUGAUUUUUAUUCAGUGGAAUGAUUCACAUCCUGGAGGAUUGCCCUUCAAACCAAAACUUACAGCAGUGAAGUGAAACUAACAACAUCUCGUUUGGCUAACGUCGAUAUACAAAAUAGCCACAGAUGCUGUUUCAAAUCUAUGUAAUUUGGAGAAAUGAACAAAGAGUCUCGAAAUAGAAGUGAUCAAGCUCGUGAAGUGGCAGAAAUUUUCAUCAGUAAUAGUGCUGACUACUCAUCACAUUCUCUAACCAGAUAUCACACAAUCAACACUAUGCCAAAUUAUUCACAUGAUUCUCUUUACCACAAUGAGGACUAUCUGCGUGAAAUGUUGGCUGCAGGCUCACCAAGAGAUGGAAGAAUGUCAGCUGUUCGAAGAUUCUUUUGCCUCUUUGUCACCUUUGAUUUCCUGUUUACAACUCUUAUGUGGUUAAUCUGCCUUGUGAUUAGCGGAGAAAACAUUAAAGAAAAGCUGAUCGAUCAAAUAGUACACUACACAAUACAUGAAUCCUUGUUUGACAUUGUGAUGGCCUCUGCAGGUCGUUUUGUGAUCCUUCUUCUAUUUUAUGCUUUGCUGUGCAUUAAUCAUUGGUGGGUGAUUGCGAUAACGACGGCGGGAAGUUGCGGGUUUCUCAUAAUAAAAGUCUUCUUUUUUGAGUGGCUGAAAGCCACGAACUAUACAUUGGAUGUCUUUCUUGUGUUAAGCUCCUUCAUCUUGUCAUGGGGUGAGGCAUGGUUUCUCGACUUUCGAGUCCUCCCACAAGAAUCCCUUGCUCGUGAUUUUUUCGGAGCUAUUUCUUCGGAUGAUGAACGUCAACCUUUGCUUCAAAAUCAAGCCACUUCAAUCCGCAGUCAUAACCUAGAUGACUUUUACUCACCAAUCGAUUCUCCGCAAGAUUCAGAUGACGAUCAACUAAAUAGGGCUAACCGCAGUAGUGUUGAGGAUGAUGAAUUGGCGCGAAAAGCGCUGGAAUCAUUUGAGGAAGCCUAUAGUACAAUCAAUUCUGACGGAUGGAAAGUAGAAAAGCAGACACCCGAGGGCGAUACUGUUCACAGCAAAUACGUCCGUCGAAAUCACAAAAUUUUCCGAAUAACUGGCACAGUUGAUAUUCCCCCCAAGUUAUUGUUUGACGAGCUCGAUCGAAAUCUAGAAAAUGUCCCAUCUUGGAAUCCGACGUUACUUGAAUGCCGUACGUUGAAGACGGUGAACGAAAAAGUCUCCAUUAGUUACCAGUUGGCAGCAGAAGGUGGAGGCGGCAUCAUCUCUUCUCGAGAUUUUAUUAACCUGCGAUACUGUGAAGUACGCGAUGGAAUCUAUAUUUGUGCAGGAGCUUCCGUCGUCUUUCCUGAAAUGCCGGCUCAAAAGAGCUACGUCCGGGGAGAAAAUGGUCCCGGAUGUUGGGUUAUGACACCAAUUCCAAACGAACCCAACAAAUGCGUCUUCCAGUGGUUGCUGGACACCAAUCUCAAAGGUUGGAUUCCUCAGAGUAUCAUUGAUACAGCGCUAUCUUUUGCCAUGUGUGACUAUAUCCGUUACGUCAGAAACUAUGGCGAAAAGUUGCGCCAAGAGGGAAAGUUUUGACCAAAAAUAGCUAUGACUGAAAGGCUGCUAUU